CGGAAUAGAGAUUUUAUUUCCAGAUUUCCGUGGCGAAAAAAUAUAGAGAAAAGUACGAAGCAGAUCAUCCACAAGCUUUCAAGUUAUUGCAAGAGAACACAUGCAAUUGAAUCCUACCACAGAGAAGGACCCCCUUGACCCCUUUCUGGGGUUUCUCCCCCUCAAGAUCCUCUCCGUUCUGCCUGAAGUUUACCCACCCUCCUGUCCAACCACCCCAUAGACACUUUUCAGGCUAUCUAUUGUAGCCUUUACUUAUUCCGUAAGCCACUCUCUCUACCAGUCUGCUACCCCAUAGGACAGCCAUAUAGAAGAUGUCAGAGCCAGAAUUAUUAACAGAGGUCCCUGCUUCGCUGAAGCGCCUGGCCAAGCAGGUAGUGCGGGGCUUCUACGGGGUGGAGCAUGCCCUGGCUCUGGACGUUCUUAUCCGCAACCCCUGCGUCCGCGAGGAGGACAUGCUGGAGCUGCUCAAGUUUGACCGAAAGCAGCUGCGCUCGGUGCUCAAUACGCUCAAGGGCGACAAGUUCGUCAAGUGCCGCAUGCGGGUGGAGACGGCUCCCGACGGCAAGACCACGCGUCACAACUACUACUUCAUCAACUACCGACUGCUGGUCAAUGUGGUGAAGUACAAGCUGGAUCACAUGCGGCGGCGCAUCGAGACGGAUGAAAGGGACUCCACCAACAGGGCGUCGUUCCGCUGCCCCUGCUGCUUCAGCACCUUCACUGACCUGGAGGCCAAUCAGCUGUUUGACCCCAUGACCGGGACGUUUCGCUGUACGUUCUGUCAGACGGAGGUAGAGGAGGACGAGUCUGCGGUGCCCAAGAAGGAUGCCAGGACCCUGGUGGCCCGUUUCAACGAACAGAUCGAGCCCAUAUACGUGCUGCUGCGUGAGACCGAGGACGUCCACCUAUCAAACGACCUGCUGGAGCCCGAACCUGCCGAGAUCCCUGCCCUCAAACAGAGUCGAGACCGUGCGGCGGCGGCAGCGGGUGCAGCAGCUGGCGGUCCCCACCGCGAGGCCUGGUCCACCAAGGGCUCGUCCUACGCCGACCUGUACACCCAGAACGUGGAGAUCAGCAUGGGGGAGCAGGAGGAGCAGCAGCGCAAGCAGGCCAGCGAGGGGAAGGCACCUAGGGAGAGACCCGUGUGGCUGACAGAGAGCACUGUGCAUGGAGGAACGUACAGCGAGCCAGACCCACUCAAGAACUCCGGAGACGACGCGGGAGGAGCCCAGGUGGGUGUGGCCGGGCUCGGCGGCGGCCAAUCGGACGAAAACGAGGAAGUGAUGCGCGCCCUGCUCAUCCACGAGAAGAGGAGCGGUGCCGGGCCGGCAGGAGGUGGAGCCGUAGCGGCAGCCAGGGCACUCACCUCCUCAUCAGCAGCCAGGGGCAGCGACUCGGAGAGCGACACCAGCGAAUCAGACGAGGACGCUCCCACGGCUCCGCCGCCUGUGGCUGCGGCCCAGCGGCGGCCGACUGGCAUGGAGAUGGAGGAGGAGGAUGAGGAUGACGAGUUUGAGGAGGUGGGGGACGAUGAGUCCAUGGUGAUGGUGGGGGGACGGUCCUUCUCCUAUCGGGAGGUGAGCCAGAGACCAGAGCUAGUGGAGAAGAUGAGCUCUCAGGAGAAAGAGGCCUACAUCGAGAUGGGACAGAACAUCUUCCAGGAGAUGUACUUCUGACUGAAAACACACAGACACUCACGUACACAGCCUCUCUCUCUCUCUCUCUCUCUCUGUCUCUCUGUCUCUCUGUCUCUCUCUGUCUCUCUGUCUCUCUGUCUCUCUGUCUCUGUCUCUGUCUCUCUCUCUGUCUCUCUCUCUGUCUCUGUCUCUGUCUCUCUCUCUCUGUCUCUCUCUCUCUCUCUGUCUCUCUCUCUGUCUCUCUCUCUCUGUCUCUCUCUCUCUCUCUGUCUCUCUCUGUCUCUCUCUCUCUCUCUCUCUCUCUCUCUGUCUCUCUCUCUCUCUCUCUGUCUCUCUCUGUCUCUCUGUCUCUCUCUCUCUCUCUCUCUCUCUCUCUCUCUCUCUGUCUCUCUGUCUCUCUGUCUCUCUGUCUCUCUGUCUCUCUGUCUCUCUGUCUCUGUCUCUGUCUCUGUCUCUGUCUCUCUCUCUCUGUCUCUCUCUCUCUCUCUGUCUCUCUCUCUCUGUCUCUCUCUCUCUCUCUGUCUCUGUCUCUCUCUCUCUCUCUCUCUCUCUCUCUCUCUCUCUCUCUCUCUGUCUCUCUCUGUCUCUCUGUCUCUCUGUCUCUCUCUCUCUCUCUCUCUCUCUCUCUCUGUCUCUCUGUCGUGUCUCCUUCACCCUCACGUCUUCUCCCCUCGAAGAGGGAAAACAAGAUGUCACUCUAGUUCCAAUUCUGUUCUAGAGACCAGACUAUUGCCAUGACAGGUGUAUUAGCAGUGUGUUAGUCUGGCAAGUCACUCAGACUCAGCUCAACCAGUCAGUGUUUCCUCAGUAUUACAGUAGCUGAAUGUUACAGCACACUACUCUAGUUUUGCUCUGUAACCACAGCAUGAUGCAUAGUGAAGACACACACACUGCCUCCCCUCUCAUCCUGUCUCUACCUCCUGUACCCAUUACUAAACAGGAACAGAGUUGAAGAUCUGGGAACCUGUCCAGAAAAACAAGUCACACGCACUCACGCACACACAGUUGCCAACCAGUUCAUUAGACCACAGUAGACUACGCCGCUCCUUUUCUCUCCCAGUGCUCCAACCUUAUGGCUCUCUGUCUCCACACUCCGUGAAUUCUUUACUGUUCUCAGGGCGAGCUGUUUAUUAUUCAUUUCUCCUCUCACACACAAGCUCUCUUUUUUUUCAUCCGAUUGAGAGGCUUUUUUUUGGGGGGGGGGGGCUCCCUCCACAGGGAAAGAGACAACUCUGGAGCGAAUAAUACUGGCUUUGAUGUUACUGCGGUAACCCCCGGGAUGGGGUGACCUGCUCAAACGCGGAGGCACCCCCCAUAGCGAGGCCUUUAGCGGUGGCGUGGGGAUGACAUUUGCAGAGCAUGUGGCUUUUUCCCUCCGAAAUGUGACCGUAUAUGACGGUGUCUCUGUCGCUGUGUGAGACACAGUACCACUCCAACCUUCAACUCUCUGCUUCUGAUUAAUUUUUCACUGUGUCUUUUUUUUUUACAGAGCAGUAUUUACGUGUUAGGGAAGAACUACCAUAUACUGUGUACAGAGAUUGAGAAGCAAAUCAUGGUAAUUCAAUGUUUUUUUUAAAGAGAGGGUAUCCUUAUUGAAUUGUAUACUGGCAAAGGGGCCAAGAGUGUCUAAUUUUAUUUUUUUUGGCUAAACAUGAACAUGGGGAAUGUUUACUAUGUUAAAUUUCUCUUUGCUUUUCUCUACUAUGGUUUUGACCUUUGCCCUUUUGAGUUGUACCACCUCCCCACCACUAGGCUCCGCCACAUCUUUAGUUGAGUCUGUCAAUGAAGAGCCACUUGCCUAACGUUUUAUGUUCAUUGAUUUGUAAAGGUACAGCAUUAAAGCAGAUGAUACUUUUGAGGAUUUCA